CCGUACCGGGGGCCGGUCAGUUCGAUUCUGUGUCUAAACGGCGCCGGAAGUGUCGCUGUGUCGCGUUGCGCUUGCCGCGCGUGCCUGCUGUCUAUCGCGUCUGCCGGGAAGGGUGCAGCUCAUCGGCUCCCGCAAGACAAACACACACACACCGACCUCCGUAGUACGAUCAAAGUAAGAAGCGAGUUGUAAGUGAAACAAAAAAGUGGAACAGGCUUUGAGCAAACAAAAUCACGAGUGUUUUUGGCCGGUUCGAGGGAAAAACAGAAGGAGGCAAAAGUUUCGUUUGAAUUUUGGUUGCUUGCCGCGCUGAACGAAGCAGCAGCACCUAGACAACAGUGUGCGGUGUUCGGUGGAUGUAUGUGCUCUUAUGUGUGAGUGUGUGUGUGUGUUUUUCUGUGUGGUUGUAACGGGAGUAAACUGACGUCCUCUGCCAGGUGUGCUGCUGUACGGCCGUACAUCCAGAUGCGAUUUUCUCAGCAUCAGAGCAUCAGUGAAAUCGUGAACAUUGAAACCGCAAAGUGAAUGUUACUGCCGAAAAGCGCACAACAAACCCAGCCGAUAUAGACCAGUGUAUGUGUGUGUGUGUGUGUGUUUGUGCGUACGUACAACGGUAGAAUAGUAAGUGAAACGGUUGGUUUGUCUAAAUGCAGCCCGCACCCAUCUGCCCGCCUGUAGCACGAUCCCUACCCGCGCCGGAAGACUAAUUUAAACGGCCAACGGUAGCGCGUCGUGACUUAUUGCUCUCCGCGGCGUUCGGACCGCGGGGCCCGUCCCUGGCGAUAAACGAUGGCAGAUUGGAGCGGCGGCCACCACCGGUACCGUCUUGGGCUAUUUUCGUUGCCCGUUACAUCAUUCGGCCCAUCGUCGCCGUCCGUGCCACAGGUCGUGCCGUCACGAGUACGCAUCACGCCAGUAGACGAGCGAACCAGCAGCCCUGCGCGUAGAGCCUAAAAACUGUCGAACAACUCGCGUUCCCUGCAGCGAUCGGGUAGCAGUUCUCUUAGUGUAGCGAAACCACCUAGUAAAAUCGGUCCAGGACCUGCAUGCGCUGAGUGUGACAGGCCGCGGCGACACUCACCGUCGUGGCCAUCGGCGCAAAAGCGAAACCUUCCCCCACCCCACGACUCACCAUCAUGGGUGUAAUUCUGCAAAACUUUAGCCAGCCGGGCGCGAGGUACAGCCCCGACCAAGUGCCCCAACCACCGCCGCCACCCGCCGCCCCAUCACCGACGACGUACCGCGAGCUCGACAUACUGCUCCGGCACGAGGGCUCCAUUCCGGCCGUGUCCCUCGCCGGCCUAACCGCAACGCUCGGGCUGGACAGCAAUGGCGAGCUGCUCGGGGCGAACUACGGUGCGAACGGGUCCGAUCUGUCCGAGCUGCUCGACGGCUGCCCCAAACCGGACGACACGCUCUACCCGACCAUGUUCGGCAUCGAUCUGGCCGUGCCACAGUGGGAAGCGAUCGGUACGGCCCUCAUCCUGACGCUCAUCAUCAUCAUCACGAUCGUCGGCAACAUCCUCGUCAUACUGAGCGUGUUCACGUACAAGCCGCUCCGGAUCGUGCAGAACUUCUUCAUCGUGUCGCUGGCGGUGGCGGACCUGACGGUGGCCAUACUCGUCCUGCCGCUCAACGUCGCCUACUCGCUGCUCGGCCGGUGGGAGUUCGGCAUCCACGUGUGCAAAAUGUGGCUCACCUCGGACGUGCUGUGCUGUACCGCCUCGAUCCUGAACCUGUGCGCGAUCGCGCUCGACCGCUACUGGGCGAUCACCGAUCCGAUCAACUACGCCCAGAAGCGGACGCUCGAGCGGGUGCUGGCGCUGAUCGCGGGCGUCUGGGUGCUGUCGCUGGUGAUCAGCUCGCCGCCGCUGAUCGGGUGGAACGACUGGCCGGAGGAGUUUUCCAGCGAGUUCCCGUGUCAAUUAACGAGCAACCAGGGCUACGUGAUCUACUCGUCGCUCGGCUCGUUCUUCAUCCCGCUCGCCAUCAUGACGAUCGUGUACAUCGAAAUCUACAUCGCGACGCGGCGCCGGCUGCGCGAGCGGGCGCAAGCGUCCAAAAUCAACACGCUCGCGUCGCGCAGCAUCGGCAUGGUGGCUGGCAAUGGGGAGAAGGAGCUGACCACGACCCACCACCAGCAGCAGCAGCAGCAGCAGCAGCACCAACACCACCACCAGUCACACCACCACCAGGACGGGCACGCGAUCCAGCACGACCAGGAGUCGAUCAGCAGCGAAACGAACAACCACAACGAACAAACCGACACGGGCAGUGGCGGCCCGGUGCUGGCGGGCAGCGGCAAGCCCAACAAAAAGGGCCACCUCCGGUUCGGCGGCUACCUCGGGCGGGCGCUGGGCGGUGCGGCCGGCCGCCACCGCAAAAAGCAACACCACCGGAAGCGGCCAGGGGACGGCCCGGCGGAGGAGGGGGAGGACGGCCGGCCGCACCGGCUGGCGGCUAGCGCGCUGCAUCAGCGCGAGGACGACUCGGUGACGGACAACCCGGACCACUCCGGGUCCGGCGACAGUGGUGGGGGGGUCGGCAAGGCACCGCUGGACGCGGCCCACCCGUCCGCCCUACUGCCCCCCACCGGCAACUGUGAUAUGACGGGCGGGUCGGCGACGGGCGAGCCGGCCCCGCGGAACGGGGCCAGCAACAACCAUCACCAGCGCGAGGUGGGCUUCCACGAGUCGACGGCCGAGCUGAUGGUGGUGGCGGCGGCGGCCCCACCCACGACCCGGCUCGGCGGCCGGCUCAAGCAGUCGUUCCGCAAGCCGGGCGGCAUCAACCAGUUCAUCGAGGAGAAGCAGAAGAUCUCGCUGUCGAAGGAGCGGCGGGCGGCCCGGACGCUCGGCAUCAUUAUGGGCGUGUUCGUCGUCUGCUGGCUGCCGUUCUUCCUGAUGUACGUCAUCCUGCCGUUCUGUCCGUCCUGCUGCCCGACGAACAAGCUGAUCAACUUCAUCACCUGGCUCGGGUACAUCAACUCCGCGCUCAACCCGAUCAUCUACACCAUCUUCAACCUGGACUAUCGGCGCGCGUUCAAGCGCCUGCUCGGCAUUAAGCCGUAGAGAGCGACAGAGAGGGGCGCAGAGCGCGGGGACGAGCCACACAGAGUAGGGGAAAGGGGGGGGGGGAGCAUUCACUUCCGUUGAAAAUCAGUUCACUGUUGUGGCAACGGCACGGUGUCCACUUGACGUGCUUCUCUUCCGGCAAAGCAAUGCUGUACAAAACGGGAUCGGGAAAGGCGAGAAAAGUGGCAUUUAAAAAACCCAACAUACACGCGCACACACACACACGUACACACUCAUCAGCAAAUGACCUACAAAUUACCCUCACCCAAAGGCAAAGGGCGAUACCGGAAUUCACUCGUCAAGUCGGCCCACUAAGUGGGACGGUGCUCGAAAGCUUUUAUGUACGCCAACGACUAGCGGAACUAUUAACCGUCCUCUUCGCAUCUCAUCCAUCCAUCCAUCCAUCCGUAAGUGUCCCUUUUUGUGCUACCAGCCCCCCUAUCCCCUUCUCACUGUUUUCCCUACCCACCACCACCACGCUCUGUAUUAUGUAGUUCUCGCAAAAAGGAACCAGCACAGAAGUGGGUUGUUGGUAAAAGCUUUUCAUCCUCGCUCGCUAUUGAUUUUUAUCUUUCGCCCCCUUUUUUGCGGUGCUUUCGGUUCGCUAAUUAAUCUACGCACUGUUUUUCUUCUUCUGGACCUCGUUCAUUUAUUGUGUUGCCUUUCCGGGGGGCGGUGGAAGCAAGCAGUGAACCGGCAACAAGAGGGAGAGCACUCCAAAAAAAAAAACAGCACUCUCCAUGCAAAAAAUAAAAAGACAAAAAUAGGGCUUCAUCCCUUUGUUUUAAAGCUUUUCAACUGUGCGAUACACCUCCCUUCAACCAAAGCUUCCGCGAGUUUUGUUUAUGCACUGUUUUGCUCAUUUUUUUGUUGUUUACUCGCGUUCAAGGGAUUUUGCCAAUUGUGUUCAUUCAUUCCAUUCAUUCGGGCGGAUGUGGUGAUGAAACUUCAAGCCGGGAGAGAGACAGAGAGAGAGAGAUAUUGUCCCGUUCCGGACCGUGCUCUGCCUUCUACAUACCCGGAAGUCGGCAAUCCCGCUUGUAUGCCCGAAUCCCCAUACCGGUACCCGCUUGUAUGCGCUUUCGUCCAGCACUUUUCCACUCAAAAGCCACCGAAUGGGGUCGGUGGAAAAGUGGAGGAGGUGCUGUCACAAUUCAAGGCCGGUCCCAUUCAACCGGUGCGCUCUUAUCUUUGAUCGUUUUUGGGCCAUUUUGUGCAAGCGCGAGAGUGUCCUUCGCACGGCCCUAUCGCGUUACAAUAUCGCGUUACAAAUUGUGAGGAGGGUACAAUCACACGGCCCCCCUUUUGGUUGCGGUUCAUCCCCGCUCCAUCCAUCGUUUUUUUUUGUUUAUGCAUCCUGCUUCUCCUGUUGAGCCAAACCGCUGCUAAACCCCAAACCGGAACCGGACCCACCGGUAGUCGGUGCUUUCUUACAAACCACACCAUUGCCUGCCGCCUUUUUGCGCCCGACUUGUUUGGGCCAACCGGACGCUUUCGACCGGCUUUUCUUUUAUUUCGCUCCUUCAGCAACAAUCUUCAUCCCUUCCCAGUUCUACCGACCCUUCGCCGCGGUAACAAGCGCACACCGUUCCCGGGGAGCUGGUAUUGUAAUCAAACCAAUCUUGCCAACAAUAAAUUCCUCGCUCCGACCGGCCCGCUUUGGUACACUCAAACCGCUUCAGCUCGCCUUGUUUUGCGCUUGAGAGUGGCAAGGCAAAGCGAACGACAAACGGUUCACAUCCGGUGGAAAACGGCUGCUUCGGUCGCCGAGUCGCCAUCCCUCAGCCACCCCGAGGCUAACUACGUCGGUGUGCUACGACAACAAUAACAAGCCACUUUGUCCCCGUCACCAAGGGUAGCGCUGGAAAGACACAGCAGCGGUACAACAGCAUGUCCAUCCUUCCCAGCCAGCCAGCCAGCCCACCGUCUGGCACCAAACCAUUGGCACCAAGCUCCAGCACGGGGUGCCCCGGGGUGGUCCAUUCUUCAUCAUGCUCGUCGUCGUCAAGGCGAACUCGACGAAUCAACCGCCAACGCAGCAGCGGUGGCGAAAAGAAAAACAGUUUCAAAAACAUGACCCCACCUUCCCAUUUCAUCGCUCCUUGCCAUGGGGAGAAAACAUGUGGUGGGAGGGUAAAGUUGCAUACCGCAAUUUCUAACCACCACUUCCACCUCCAAACAAUGGCGGGAGAGCGAAAGCGAGAAAACAGAGAGUUGCCAUACGCGCGGAAGAUGUUCCCGCCGCGGAAGAAAACCGACAGAAUUGGGGAAAUUCAUUUGUAUGUUGCUACCGCGCGAUACAUUCCGCCAACUCCAGGAAACAGAAGAAGAAGAAGAAAACAACAACCGGAAGGUAAGAAAAGGCUCUCUCCCUCUUCCCUUUACCACAGCCCCGCAAAGUAGGGCACUUUGGGGGCGCCCGCGAUCAGGAACAAUCAUCGGGGCGCGCGUUUCUGAGAGACGGUUGCGCAUCGGAACAUAAUACGCUUCAAAGUUCCGGCCCGCCAGCCAGGGCCAGAUGGAUGGCAAAUGGCAAAGUGGAAAACUUUUCGCCCCGUGUCAGACCGGUUCCGCGCGCCGUCCGCGUGUACGGCUGACAAUCUCCGGAUCUUUGCGGCGACAAAACGCUCCUGCUAAAACACAAUACACUUUCGCUGGGGAUGGGACAGUGUGGCACGUGCGACACAAGCGCCCUCUAGGCAGGCUGGCUCGGUUGUAAAUGCACCAUUAUUAUCUGUUGUAUGGUUUCACAUAAAAACAACCAUACAAAACACAUAUCGCUACACAUCAUGCGGGCACAUAUUAGCACAUUUUGCAUGUGUGUGUGUGUGUGUGUGUCGUAAGAGUACUUAACGUGUUCCGCAGAAAUACUACCGCCUACAAAGGGCAGGAUCCAACCAAAGACGCUUUUCCACGUAAUGAUGCUGCGGUUUUAAAGCUUCUUAGCACGCGCGCACACACACGCACACACACACACACAUAAUGGAGGUUUGUGUAAGACGGUGCGCCGGAGAUUACUUCUGCUUUAUGUGUGUUUUGUUUUGAUUUUGCAUAAUAAUUAUUAUGUCAAAGGUGCUGUGUUUUGUGUUGAGCACAGGAAGCAAGGAAAUUAAUUACCAAAUCCAUCGUGCUUUUUUUCAUUUUCCCGACGGAGUACAACUUUCCUCCGCAAUUUUAACGCCUCCAUUAACAUAUUAUUGCUCAAGGCAGCAGGCAGGGUAAUUGCAAGGGAAAACAUAAUUAUUAUUAAAUGAAAAGCUCAACUUCCACAGCAACUGUAGUGGAUAACAACUACCAAACAAAGCCAAACAAGUCCUUUGCGGCAAACAUUUUUGUUUUGGUUAGUAUCCUGUUCAUCAUCUCUUUCAAAUAAGUUUCUCCGGUCUGCAACUUUCUUCCCUGUCUGACGUUCGCCUAGCACCAGCAAACCAGCGCACUAGUUCAUUUGCAUUCCAAUCAGAUUCCAACAGCCCAAGCAAGACAAUAAUAGUCUAUCGACACUGACACAAAACUAUGAUUAUUAUGAUUAUCGUUCUCGCGUCCUGCUUCUCGAUCAGAUGUGCAGCUGCGUUGCUUCCCAGCCCACUUCUCCUUGCAUUUCCCUUCCCGAUCCUUACCCGCCCUUUCCACCCCUACCAAAGAAAAUCGAAAAGUCGAAACUUGCGAAAGUUCCAACCGACCGACGUGCGCCCACGUGUUGGCUGGUUUACUUUGCCGAAACUUUCCCUGCAGUAGCUUUCACACCGCGACGGGGGAGUGUGGAGCUGGGGUAAUCUAUUGUUUUUUUUUACAGUACGGUCGAUCCGUGGACAGGCGGUGCGGUGAAGCGAAUUGAUGUAGAGAAGAAAAGCCAAAGAAACUUAGCACGCAAAACUUUCACCGGAAGGACAGGAGUUUAGUUUAAAUUUAGACGGGCAAAGAGAGGAGGAAACAAAAACUACACACCCAUCCUACCCCUUCAAUUCCCGAUUGGGUGAACCGUUUUCAUCCUCCUUUCCCCCCCCCCCCCCACCCCCCCCGAAAUGGAACAAAAUCAAACCACGUGUGCUCAAACCGCUCAAACUUCUGGCUCGUCUCGGGUGGGCUGUAAGGAUAAGGAUAAGGACUGUAGGGGGAGUCUCUCUAGCGAGAGAGAGAGAGCAUCAAACUAAAUCAAACAUUGGGCCGAAUCUUUCGGGGUUCAGGGUCAAAGGAAUCUUUAAACUUCUUACCGUAAGUCAAACACAAACGCGACACACACACACCCGACCAAAAGCUAACUAAGAAAGAAGCCACACACGUGCCGAUAUGUGUGCCGAUGGUCGUCCUCCAGCAGCUUCUUUUUUCGAGCCCAAAGAGAACCCGCUGGACCCGCUGCCACACAUACAUAUCGGCGCACAGCCCUGUACCGGGGCCAGCUGGAAGCUCGUUGCAGCAAGACGUUGACGUUAGCAAACGAAGCCUUUUCCAACUCCUUUGUACAGCAAAAAAACGCCACACAACGCCAUAUUACAGGAGCGACAGGAGCGACACAAAAGGUGACAACUGACUGUUCUGCCCCGAAACCUACCGAAGCUCCGCAUGCGAGACCAACUCGAACAGGAUAGUUGUCGUCCCAUUUUCUUUCACUUACAACACAUGCGCUUCUUUGCGCUGGAAAAAGUUUGGCACACAGAACGUGGGCUGAAUAUUCGGGCAAAACUACACUUUUGUGAACGGUUUCGAAGCCAGACGGAGAAGAGGGGGGGGGGGAAGAAAACAUAAACGUAGAAUUUACCGUGGGUGGUGUGUAAGAGAACGAGGCACUGCAAACACACACCACCAACGAAUGUAUAGUAAGAAUAGUGUUUUAAAAUACUGCUGCUGUCGUUCAGUGCAUUCCAUCGCUUUCCUUUCGGUCGGAUCGACGGGAUCGGACAGGGGGCUGUGGUGCAAUGGAAGGAUGCACGGAAGCAGCAUCAACGGCAGCAGCGAUAGGUCGAUAGUAGUGGCAAUGGAAGUAGUUUAAGUAGUACAUAGUACCAGUACUAUGCAGUGCAUGCGAAGAGGAUAGUAAUUUCAUAACGUACCUGUUGCAGUUUCGUUUCAAUGCGAUGUAGUGGGACUAUUUUGUACCUUUCGUUUAUCAGUAGCGCAUUCCGUUUUCACUAACGGCUCCCCUGGAUUUUUUUGAGAUGAAAUAAGAAGAAGAAGAAA